UUUAACCGAAGACCGCUUCGCUUACUUCUUCGCUGCAUUGCGAGCGAUUCAUGACCAUGUUGCACAAUUACCAUUAAAUAUGCAUGUUGUGAAUCACGUUUGCAAUAUGUCUAGUGUUUGACACGGUGGCGCCAGCACACUGCUCGCUCAGCGCCAAGUUGGACUCUACGCGAUUAUUUCGCAGUGCCAUUGCCUGCGCGAGCUCCGUGUAGACCACGGUGAAUACAGCAAGUUGAUUCAGGUUAUAGUUUCCCCCAGAGACCAAGCGACCCUGCGCACGUGCAGAAUCCGCAAGCGCAAGCUUUGCAGCGCGGUCGGCAGCUCCUAGGACAGCGCCAUGCGCGACUUUCACUUCUCAAUCGAUCGCGGAGGGACCUUUACGGACGUGUUCGCUGAGGUCCCAGACGGCAAGGGCGGCACCAAGUUCAAGGUGCUGAAACUGCUGUCUGUGGACCCGGCCAACUACCCGGAUGCGCCGCGCGAGGGCAUUCGCCGCGUGCUGGAGGAGGUCACAGGCAUCCCGCACCCCCGCGACGUGCCCCUGGACACCCGCCGCAUCGCCUCCAUCCGCAUGGGCACCACCGUGGCCACCAACGCGCUGCUGGAGCGCCGCGGCGAGCGCACGGCGCUGGCAGUGAGCGAGGGCUUCCCCGACCUGCUGCACAUCGCCAACCAGUCGCGGCCAAACAUCUUUGACCUGGAGGUCCGCUCGCCCCACCCCCUGUACGAAGAGGUGGUGGAGGUGGGGGAGCAGGUGGUGCUGCCGCUGGGCGACAGCGCCAGUCAGCGCAAUGGGGCGCAGGCGGCCAGCAACAGCAGCCGCUACCCGCCCCAGGGCAGUCUGGAGGCCGCGGUGACGGGCGAGGUGGUGGAGGUGCGGCGGCGGCUGGAGGAGGAGCGCCUGCGGGCCGACCUGCAGGGCGUGCUGUCUCGCGGCAUCCGCAGUGUGGCAGUGGUGCUCAAGCACGCAGCCAUCUACCCCGCACACGAGCGCCGAGUGGGCGACAUCGCGAGGGAGAUGGGCUUCGAGCAGGUGUCUCUGAGUCACGAGGUGAUGCCCAUGGUGAAGAUGGUGCCGCGCGGCUUCACGGCGGCCGCCGACGCCUACCUCACACCCCACAUCAAGCGCUACCUGGCGGGCUUUGUGGGCGGCUUUGACGCCGGGCUGACCGCUGAGGGCGGCGCCGUGCAGCUGCUGUUCAUGCAGAGCGACGGCGGCCUGUCGCCCGUGGACGCCUUCUCGGGCCACAAGGCCAUCCUGUCCGGCCCCGCGGGCGGCUACGUCGGGUACGCACUCACCACGCGCUGGGCGGGACUGGACCUGUCCAAGCUGCAGGUGAUUGGCUUCGACAUGGGCGGCACCAGCACGGACGUCAGCCGCUACGCGGGCAGCUACGAGCACGUGUUUGAGACAACCACCGCGGGAGUCACCAUACAGGCUCCCCAGCUGGACAUCAACACAGUGGCUGCGGGCGGCGGCAGCAGACUCAUCUUCCGCAACGGCCUGUUCAGCGUGGGCCCGGAGAGUGUGGGCGCGCACCCCGGCCCGGUGUGCUACAAGAAGGGCGGCUCGCUGGCCAUCACGGACGCCAACCUGCAGCUGGGGCGCAUCCUGCCAGAGUUCUUCCCAAAGAUCUUUGGCCCCAAGGAGAAUGAGCCGCUGGACGCCGCCGGCACCGACGCCGCAUUCCGGGCGGUGGCGGCGGAGGUGAACGCACACGAGGCAGCCACGGGCGCGCCCUCGCUCAGCGGUGUGGACGAGGUGGCCAUGGGCUUCAUCCGGGUGGCCAACGAGGCCAUGUGCAGGCCCAUCCGUGCGCUGACCCAGAUGCGCGGCUACGACGCCGCCGCGCACGUGCUCGCCUGCUUCGGCGGCGCCGGCGGCCAACACGCCUGCGCCAUUGCGCGGGCCCUGGGCAUGUCCACAAUCUUCGUGCACCGGUACGCGGGUGUGCUGAGUGCCGUGGGCAUCCACCUCGCGGACGUGGUGGCGGAGGUGCAGGAGCCCGCGGCGGACAAGCUGGCAGCGCCGGAGGCGGCGGCGGCAGCAGGUGGUGGUAGCGGUGGUGGUGGUGGUGGUGGUGGUGGUGGAGGCAGUGGUGGUGUGCCGGCUGACAUUCUGGAGAGGCAGGCGCGGCUGAAGGCGGCGGCGGUGCAGAAGCUCCUGGACCAGGGUUUUGACCGCUCCCAGAUCACCACCGAGCGCUACCUCAACCUGCGCUACCACGGCACAGACGUCGCAGUCAUGACCGCCGAACCCGCCGGCAGCCGCAGUAGCAGCAGCAGCGGCAGUAGCAGCGGCAGCAGCAGCGGCAGUAGCAGCUACGGCGAGGCGUUUGCGGCGGCUUACCGGCGCGAGUUCGGGUUCGUGUUGGACCGGGAGGUGUGGAUCGACGACGUGCGUGUGCGCGCGGUGGGCAGGGCGCGGCCGCUGCCCGACGACGCCGCGGCGGAGGCGGAGCCGCCAGGCCCGCUCCCGGAGCCGCUGACCACCACCGCCGCCUUCUUCGAACCCGCCGGCCGCCAGCCCACGCCCGCCUUCGACCUCAACAGCCUGCGGCCCGGCCACACGCUGGCGGGGCCGGCACUGCUCAUCGACGCCAUCUCGACGGUUGUGGUGGAGCCGGGCUGGCGCGCCACGAUCACCGGCACACACAACAUCCGAAUGGACGCGGAAGAGCCCAGCGACCCCAAGAAGAAAGCCGGGGCGGGGGCAGCAGCAAAGGCGGCGGCGGCGGCUGUAGCAGGCGGGAAGGGGGGGCAGGCUGUAGCAGCGGAGGCGGCGGAGGCGGCGGAGGCGGCGGCGGCGGCUGUGGAGUGCGACCCGGUGCGGCUGGCGAUCUUCAGUCACCGCUUCAUGGGCAUUGCGGAGCAGAUGGGGCGCACGCUGCAGCGCACCUCUGUGAGUGUGAACAUCAAGGAGCGGCUGGACUUCAGCUGCGCCCUGUUCGGACCCGACGGCAGCCUGGUCGCCAACGCGCCGCACCUGCCCGUGCACCUGGGGGCCAUGAGCGAGGCCGUCCGGUUCCAGGUGUCGUACUACGGCCCGGGUGGCCCGGGCGCCGCUGAGGGGCUGUCGGAGGGCGACGUGCUCCUGAGCAACCACCCACAACUGGCGGGCGGCAGCCACCUGCCCGACAUCACAGUCAUCACACCCGUGUUUAGCGGCGGCGACACCAGAGGCGGCGGCGGCGGCGGCGGCGGCGGCGGCGGCGAGGAUGAUGGCAGUGGGCCCAGUGGCGGGGGGAAGGGGAAGCGGAUUGUGUUUUUCGUGGCCAGCCGCGGCCACCACGCCGACAUCGGCGGCAUCUCGCCCGGCAGCAUGCCCCCCACCUCCAAGCUCCUGGUGGAGGAGGGCGCCGCCAUUGUGAGCUUCAAGAUCGUACGGCAGGGCGUGUUCCAGGAGGAGGGCAUCACGCAGCUGCUGCUGGCUCCGGGCCGCCUGGCCGCCUCCAUCCCCGGCAUCAGCGGCACACGCAACCUCAGCGACAACCUCAGCGACCUCAAGGCCCAGGUGGCUGCCAACACGCGCGGGAUCCAGCUGGUGGGCGAGCUGAUCGCCGAGUACGGGCUGGGCGUGGUCACCGCCUUCAUGAGGCACAUACAGGCCAACGCCGAGGCCAGUGUGAGAGCGAUGCUGCGCCAAUUCAGCGAGCGACAGGGUCUGCCCGAGGUGGGCUCUGUGACGGCCGCUGACAUAAUGGACGACGGCACGCCCAUCCGCCUCACCGUCACCAUCGACCGGCGGGACGGCUCGGCCCUGUUUGACUUCGAGGGGACAGGCCCGGAGGUGUACGCCAACCACAACGCGCCGCCGGCCGUCACCUACAGCGCCAUCAUCUACAGCCUGAGGUGCCUGGUGGCGUCCGACAUACCGCUCAACCAGGGCUGCCUGGCACCCGUCACGGUGCGCAUCCCGCCCGGCUGCAUCCUCAACCCCGGCGACACGGCGGCGGUGGUGGGCGGCAACGUGCUGACCAGCCAGCGGGUGACGGACGUGGUGCUGCGCGCCUUCACCGCGGCGGCGGCGUCGCAGGGCUGCAUGAACAACUUCACGUUUGGCGACGAGCAGAUGGGCUACUACGAGACCAUUGCAGGCGGCGCGGGCGCUGGGCCCGGCUGGACCGGCCGCAGCGGCGUGCACACACACAUGACGAACACGCGCAUCACGGACCCAGAGAUUCUGGAGCGCAGGUACCCGGUGGUGCUCCACGCCUUCAAGCUGCGGAAGGGCUCGGGCGGCCGCGGCUGCUGGCGCGGCGGCGACGGCGUCAUUCGGGAGCUUGAGGCGCUGCGGCCGCUCACUGCCGGCAUCCUGUCGGAGCGGCGCGCCGUGCGCCCCUUCGGCCUGUGCGGCGGCGGCGACGCGGAGCCCGGCCUCAACCUUCUGGUCCGCGCCGGGGGCCGCACCGUCAACCUGGGCGCCAAGGCCACCGUGCACCUGGAGGCAGGCGACCGGCUGCGCAUCCUCACACCGGGCGGCGGUGGCUUCGGACCCGAGGGCGCGGACGCGGCGGCGGCGGCGGCUCUGAAGCGGCGGCGCCUGGGCGGAGAGGGGGGAGACGGCGGGGAGGGGGGUGAGAGCGGGCCGGCGGCUAAGCGGCAGGCUGUGGCGUUGAAGGGGAGUGUGGAGGAGUACCGGCGCGCGCAGGAGACGGUGUGAGGGGCGGUGGCGUGUGGGAUGGGUGGGCGCGCAGAGGGUUCUGACAGGAGCCGGCGGGUCACGGCAAUGGAGGGGCCGAGGCAGUUCACUCGAGGGGGUUGAGCGGGAGGCGGCGGCGGAGUGCAUGGUUUGUGUGUGUGGGCUGGUGGACUCGUGAGCAGCGGGUCGCUGUGGUGUCGGUGCCGUUGAGAGCUCUCUCUCUUGAAGUGUCAAGGCCGUCGUGUGGGUGGCCAGCAGGAAUUAUGGACAGGACGGGGAGGGGGCGCUGUAACAAACACCUUCGACGACGAGGCCAAUGAGGCCCCUGGCAGGCUGCGACGGCCCCGUGGACACAAUGGGGAACUGGGGCCAGGGGGGGCGCUGAGCCGCUGACCGACAAGGACUCGGUUGAUUCCCACGGGCUACGGCCAUCGAGAGUACUCAUGGACCCACACGCAUGUGCAGCCGGGGCCAAGGUCGGGGCUGCUGCAAGAGGCCUAGAGCUGCUAAUCCGCUUUCCCGCGGGGCCUGCAGCCGUCGCCCUGACGCCCUGUUACAGCGGCUGCACCACCUGGACCAAUGGGACAUGUGUGGCUAGGCCGCCCUGGAGCUAGCCGCAGCCGAGCCGCCGCAGCCGCUUGACAGGAAGCGUGCGCGUGACAGUUACCCCGUAGCAGUGUGAUGAACUAACCGCAUGGUUGUUUGGGAGGGUAGAAUGCGAGGGCCUGAUUGCAGGGGUGCAUGACUGCAUAAUUGUGAACUGUCCGUGUAGUGUGCGAUGGGACAUGGGCAGGUUGCGUAGAACCAGCGGUGUGGCUGAAGCAUUCGGUGGCGCGCUGCUGCGCUGUCUGUCCUCGCGCUAGCGCGCUACUCUA